UGGUAAUAAUCGAAUAAUGGCAGUUAACCAGAACGUACUUCAAGACUUGAUUUCAACGAUUCGAGGGAUUUUAUUCGAAGAAUGCUCUCUUGAGGAUCUUCAGGGCGAGUUUAAAAAGUGGAAAGGUAAGCCUAUACCCUUCCAAGACUACAAAUACCAGUCUCUUCAGGAUUUUCUCGAACAAGAAGUAGGCUGCACAAUCCGAACAGUGAAAAAUACGCGUUAUGUAAGCUGUAAAUCUGAAAAAUCAAGCCAUAUUGCAAAUCUGGUUGAGAAUCAGAAGCCUGCCGUCAAAAAUAAAGGAAAAGGAAAAGUGCGCCUGAUUCAAUCGCCGCGAUUACAACAGCCAUUACCGUUCCGAUUACCUCGACAACCAAAUCAAGGGAGUCGCCCCGAUCUAUCCAGAUUUAAUGAAUUUCUAUGUGACCAUGACGAUCGAUAUAUACAACUUAAUAGUAGACCGAAUUACGACGGAUCUAUAAACUGGGGACAAGGAGGGCUGAGUUUCGGUCCAAGAUACGGAGAGCUCAGACCAGUACUCAAAGCUUCUACACGAGACUCGGUUGAGUUGGACAUAUUUGGAGAGCCUAGGCAGAAACUGCCCGCGGCAACGGACGUGAUUCAUAUGUUGUCGAAACUGAACAAACAGCUUGCGGGCAGCGAGGUAACUCUGCAGAAAUACUUCGAAUCGUUACAGCAACAAAAUGGCUAUCCGCCAAUUAUGUUUUUGAGGCAGCGCCAUAGGACAGAUGAAAAAAUAAUGGAGUUUAUUACACUGAAUGCGAACUUGCAAAAUCCUGUCGAGAUUACACCGACGGGAAAGCUUCGGAUAAAGGAUUCGCAGCCAAAACUCGAAGCGAACGAUGAUCAGCGUACAACUGCAACGUGUACUUUUACGACGGCUUGUACCGUUAGCAAUGAUUCCCCUACACUUGGUUCAGAAUAUACGUACCUCGCAAAUAUACCUUACAGUACGGCUUUCAAACAUGAACUCAUCCCUAGUGGUAACCAAGUCGAUGCUAUGGUGGGUCCUUUUGCGGGUGGCCGUGAGCUGAAAUUUCAUUUCACUACGACGGACGAAAUCAACCUACGGAACGAGCUCUUAACGCGAAUAAACUCCGAAUCCUGUUUCAAGGCCCCUUCUCAUGUGUAUAGAGGUAUGCCGUGUUUAGCGCUUGACGAUACAACGUCCGAGACGUCGCAAUAUAAUCGAGCUGUCGUUAUCGACGUAGAAAAUAGUCAGGCUACAUUGUAUUUUGUCGACAGCGGCGUGACCGCAACAACGCGUAUUGAAGAGAUAAGGAAAAUUCCGCCAGAAUAUCUUAGAGAAAAUGUCUAUUCACAUCCUGCAAUCGUGGCUUUUGUCAAACCGAUUAGAAAUCAGCUGGAAUUCAAGUACCACAUCGUGCAGCGUUUGUGUAUAAGCGACGGCGAUAUUGCGAGCAUAAAGAUUCUUAGUCACUGUAAGCCAUACCAUUUCGCGGAUCUAGAAGAUCUAGUAAAGCCACUCAUUAACGAUGGCUUGAUCGAAGUGGAUCCAACACGGCAUGGCAUCAAAACUUCAAACUCUGAAUUUAAAGGUGACGAUGAUAGGGAAUCUUAUUCUCUGAUCAAGGUCCAAAUGCUGUGCACUAUGAACAAUUUUUACAUUGUGGCUCGGGACUACAAGAAACGCCAAAUUCUCGUGCCAACGGCAUGUCUCUCGGACAUAUUCAAUCUUCAGCAGGAUACACUACUAACAGCUCUUGAAACAGCUGCUUUUUUGAAAGUAUUGAAAACUCGCGAGGUUCAGGGGGAUGCCAGCAAAAAACUGUAUCAUCAACUCGCCGAAGUUAAAUGCCCUCUCCUCAAUCCAGGCGAAAAGAUUACGCUUGUUCCAAUUGAAGCUGUUGUGCCGCUACUGAGUGCGUACGAAGGCGCAUUCACGUCGAAGAAGACCCGUAGCUAUAUGAAAAUGUUGAUUAAAAACAUAAGAGAGCUUUGCGCUAGUUAUAUAAGUAGUACUAGACCGGACAGCGCUACUCAGCACUAGCAAGUCGUUUUCUAAGGCUUUACAAGCAAUUUUCGAUUAGAGAUGUGAUCCAUGAACAUUUCUGCUGGAACCGUUUCUCAUUGGUUUCAGAGGCCAAUAAUAGGUAGGGCGAAGAAAAUCGAUGUUGGCGUGUAUUUAUUAGAUAGAUACAAUUAAAAAAUUAUGAAUACAAUACUGGCUAAAGUUGUUGCUUGAUUGCCUAAAAGCCUGAUCUUAUUGAAGGUAGCUUUCUUCUUAGAUCUGAAGGAUUCGCUAAACUAUGGACACACCUUGCAGAGGACGAAGUAAAGGGAUAAAGGGAAGAGUAUUGGCACAUAAGCACAUGUGCCUAUACUCUUAUAUUUUUAUAACUUUGUGUACGUACAUGUACUCAAUGUUAUAAAACUUUAUUGAUCUCGUUUCUGAUAGCCGCUGGCCUAUGGCAAAACGAAUUUAUAACAAUAAUUUUUAUAAUAUUAUCACCAAAUAUCGAGAGAAGGCAAUUAUUAUUCGUUAUUAUGUUCGUGAUUGCCCUCUUGUCAGCAGGCUCUGUAACUAAUUUCCUCAAAACAUCGUACUAAAGUAACACAGAUCUAUCACAAUAACUUUUCAGUAAUAAUAAGGGAUACCACUGAUACCUGAAGAGCUCUAUUCAUUAUUACCAAGCGUCAUUUGUUGGAUUGAAGUAAUCAUAUGAAGACAGCUAAGCUUCGAUACGUCACGUCGUGGUCCCGUUAGCGACACUACCAGAUUAACUUACAAUCACAGAAAUCGAUAGACGAGUUAUGAGACUAGUCUGUCAAUCGAUAUGACAAUGUAUUUAGUGUAUGAAAAAGUUAUUUCGAAAUAUUUUUUUUUAUACCUAAUGAACUAACUACGCUUUACAAAAAUAUAAAAAAAAAUGCAUAUCUUCAUGGUAAAUAGUUACUUUCGCUGAUCAUUGCAUUUUUUUUUAUUUAAAUCGAAUUACUCGGACAAUUCAGGAACAAUGUCGAUGUUGUUGAUAACUAAAGCCCUCGUAGACCUCUGUUCGCCAAAUAGAGUGCUACAGUGUUAUAGAGCUAUAGAACUGGUGUUAAUAAAUAUAAAAAAAUAAAGAUUAGUGAAAAAUAAAUGAAAAUUACUAUUGUCACCAAA